AGUUGAGAUUGCGAGGAAAAUACAAGGAGCGGCGAGAAAUGACAUGAAAAGAAACAUAACAGAGCUCCACUCCACUCCACUCCACAUAUUCCUCCUCUUCUAUAUCCAUGGCUACGCUCUCCUCCUGCUACCACUCUAUUCAACCUCUGUCUUAUUUCUCUUCUUCCUCAUCAUCAUCUCUCAUUGUCUCCCUCCAUUCUUUUUCACCAAAAUCAGAAACCCCAUUACUGUCCCGCUGCUCCUCUGUUUUGCUCAGACCCAAACUCUCAAUCCAACCAACAAGGCUCUUUGUUCCCCCAAUUUUCCUUUUUGCUGGCUUUGAAACCUCCAUAGAUACCCAGACUUUCCUUGCCACUAUCAGUGUUCUGGUCACCAUUGCUCUUUCUCUCUUUCUUGGUUUCAAGGGUGAUCCAUUGCCUUGUGAGCGUUGUGCCGGCAAUGGUGGGACAAAAUGUGUAUUUUGUAAUGAGGGUAAAAUGAAGCAAGAGACAGGAUUGGUUGAUUGCAUGGUGUGCAAGGGUGCAGGAUUAAUUCUCUGCAAGAAAUGUGGAGGUUCUGGAUAUUCUCGACGAUUAUGAACUCAUUGUGUGGAUUUUCAUACCAUUAGCCAGUCUUAAUCUUCAACGUAUUUUUCUUCUAAUUGUAUGAUAGCUAUAUUAUUUCUUUUUUCCUAAAUUUUAAAUCUGUAAUUGUUUCUUUAAGACUUGGAACAUAUCUCCCUCUAUGUAAUAUUAUAGUUUCUAAAAGAAAGAAAGCAAUGAAAUAAUGAUGACUGUUAGAGCUA